AUGGCGAGGUCGCCCAUGGCGAUGCUCCCGUUCCUGGCACUCGGGGUAGCAGCACUAGUCCUGUCUGCCGCGGGAAUGGUGGCCGCGCAGAAGUGCGGCUGCCGGGCGAACGAGUGCUGCAGCCAGUACGGCUACUGCGGCACUACCGACGCCUACUGUGGAAAAGGAUGCCAGUCCGGCCCGUGCACGGCGAGCGGUGGUGGCGGCGGCGGGAGCGGCGUCUCCGUGGAGAGCGUCGUCACCAAGGCGUUCUUCAACGGGAUCAAGUCCCGGGCCGGCAACGGGUGCGCCGGCAAGAGCUUUUACACGCGCCGGUCGUUCCUGGCCGGCGCCCGGGCCAACCCCAACUUCGGGAAAGGCAGCACCAGCGACGACGGCAAGAGGGAGAUAGCCGCCUUCUUCGCCCACGUCACCCACGAGACCGGACACAUGUGCUACAUCGAGGAGAUCGGCGGGGCGAGGCAGAACUACUGCGACAGGAAGUACACGCAGUGGCCGUGCGCCUCGGGGAAGGGGUACUACGGGCGUGGGCCGCUGCAGCUGACGUGGAACUACAACUACGGGGCGGCGGGGAAGAGCGUGGGGUUCGACGGGCUCAAAAACCCGGAGAAGGUGGCGCAGGACCCGGAGGUGGCCUUCAAGGCGGCGCUCUGGUUCUGGAUGAACAACGUGAAGCAGGUCCUGCCGCGGGGAUUCGGCGCGACGACCAGGGCGAUCAACAGCGGCGAGUGCAACGGCGGGAACGCGGCCGCCAUGAACGCCCGGGCGGGCUACUACAGGGCCUACUGCAGGCAGUUCGGCGUCGACCCGGGGAGCAGCCUCACUUGCUAG